AUGAAUAUAUUGUUCUACAUUGUUGAUGAAACGACAUUAAUCACUUUUCGUUUAAUCAACAAAAAAUGUCAAGACUCUAUUUUCUGUCUUAAAGUGAACCCACGCACAACAAACCUCAACAUAAAUUUUCUUUUUGUAUUUUUCCCACGAUUGAACACUUUAACUGGAAAUUUGAACUUAAUUUGCAAUUCAUUGACAUUAAAACAACUCAACCAAAUUUCGUGGUUUGACACGUCAAACAUGUUGACCGACCCAACUUUGUUCGACCAAAUUUAUUUAGAUAAAAUCAUAACAAUAAAGGUUGAUACAGUAAAUUUUGAAUAUGUCCACAGUCAUUGUCCUAAAGUCCGGAAGAUUGUCUUGUAUAUAUCAGACACAUACACAAUACCCUCUCUCAAAUUUUCUGUGUUAAAAAAAUUAAUAUUAAAGAAGAGGGGAAAAUAUGAACAAGAAGUUUUCGCCUUGGAGUUUUCAAACACCAACCCCGACACUUUUAUUGGAUUUUCUAAUGUCUAUUGUCGUGAUAUAAAGAUAGAUAACAUUCACAAAAACAAUAGAUUUAGUGAGGUGCAUUAUUUAGAAGAAUGUGAUGGAGAGUUUGAAGAUAGUGACACGUGGAGUGACGAAGAUAGUUAUCGAGAAAAUACAUUAGAUUACGAUGUCGAGUUGGAACUCAAAAGUAAAAUUAACGCUUAUUUCGCAGAAAACACUCCCCUGUUCACCCCGCCUGUGUCUGUGAUCAAAAAUUGCAACAAAAGUACUUUGGAUAUAAAAAGUUUAAAAAGAAACAAAAUUAUUACAACAGACGCUUCAAACAAUUUAUUUAAUGUCGAAAUAACUAUUGAUAAUAACACUUUGGAAGUUCUUGAUUUUUCUAAUUUCGACAAUUUAAAGGUUUUGAGAAUUCUUUUGAAGAAAAGUGUGGCCACGGAAAUCAGAGUGCCAGACACUGAAAUUGUCUUACCAAAGCUUAUCGUCUUUGAAGUUGUUUCCAAAAGCCAAAGUCUUGUUAAUUUUAUCGGCACUCGAACUCAGAGCAAAAUUGAGAAAUUGAACAUUCAGUGUCCGAUAAAAAGCAUUGAAUUGUUUAUGGAAAGCAACUGCCAAAUUAUAUUAUUUAACACGGGAAUAGAAGAGGCUAAAAUUAAGUUUUAUUCGCCUCCUAAAAGUAAAUUGUUUUUGAUGAAAGGAAAAUUCAAUUUAAAAACGAUGACAUUUGGUACAAAUGGUAUUGUUGAUGUGUGUGGGUUUAAAGAUGUCGAAUCGUUAACAAAAGUGGUGUUUGCUGGAAUUAAUGACAAAAAUGACUGGUUUGUUAAACCACGAAGAAAAAAGGUAUGGGAAAGUGUUUUUGAUAAUCUCAUUGAAGUAAAAAUUGCUUGA